AUGGAGUGUAUGGAAUGCGGUUCACGAGAUUUCGACGAAAUGGAUGGCAUCAUGUUUUGCCGAAUUUGCUCAACUCAAUCACAGUCGACCCAAGUCCAAGAAACCGAUGCUGAUAUUUUAUUUGCGUUGCCGACAGCUACCAAAAUGAAAAUACGAACAGCAUCUGAACCUACUGCACAAGCUGUUAAUAGAAAGCGGCAAAGAAGGAGUUCUGAUGAACUUGACAACUAUGUGAAGCCAAAAUUUAGCUAUUUCUCAAAGGCAGUAGCAGCUAACCUCGAUCAGGCAACUCCUCAAAAGCAAUAUGGAGAGAAGGUCUAUAAUCAGGAAAUUUAUGAAAGAAUGAAAAGGUACAUAAACGUUGCCGAAUAUUCUACGGAGCCGGAACGUGGCAGAUUUAUCGAGCGGUUUUCUGCUCGUUUACUUUCUUUUUCGAUCACAAUAGUCCGUGGGGUUUCUGUGUUGCUGACCGAGAUGAAAUUCCCACAAGCUUUUGAGACGCAUUGCUAUCAUAUUUGGCAGCGAUACCUUGCAUAUUUGAAAGUCGCUUUUUGUGGGGACGAAGAAGGACCAAGAAAAUAUAUGCGUAUCCAUCUUUCGAUUCGACACCUUAUGGCCAUAUUUUAUCUUGCUGCUCUACGAUGUGGACUCCACUUGGUGACACUGCAUGAUUUUGUUAGAUGGUUGCGUGAAGAUCGUUUCUUUGUUCCAGUCGAGAUUUCCGUUAAUUAUGUCCGUGAAGCCGAUCCAAAAGCUUUUCCACUUAGUGAGUUUUUUCGUGUUUUCUCUCUUCUUUGCCAGUUGCUGAACUUGCCGGAGCAAAAGUUGAUUCUUCCCAGUCUUCAGAUGUGUUCUCGCUUUUUAAAUAGCCUCAAUCUUCCAAACGAUUUAUUGGCAGUGGUGAAGCAUUUUAUGAAGAAAUUGGAUCUCACCUUUGUCGUUAGCUUAAAAGAACUUCAAAAGCAAGGCAGUGUUUACAAGGGCGAGUUUUUGGACCAUCUAAGCCUCAAAGGUCCCUUCAGUAAUGUAAAUUUUGACGUUUGCUUUGGGCGAAUAUUUGGAGACGUCGAAGAACUAUCGAUGCACUUGAAGAUGUCAAGACUAAAUAGGGAUGUUUUCUUUGCGCCCGAGACCAAAGCAUUGGCGUUGAUAGUACUGGCGUUAAAAUUAACAUUCGGACUCGAUAAUCAAGAAGAAUAUAAAUCCAAAGCAGGAUUUCGGUUUUCACGAUGGCUCUGGCAACUGAAAAUGCGAAUUCAAUUUUACAGAGAUUACUCGCUCGAGUCACUGCUUUCUAUUGGAGCAACAUUUGAUCAGAAGUUGCCUCUCGACCAUGAUUUUCUAUAUUUUUACGAGUACGAUUUAAAAUCUGAGAGAGAACGCAAUCGUCUAUCUGUCAGAAAUAACCGGCAGCAUUUCAAAGGUCUCCAAGGAAAUAAAACUUUAAAAAGAGAUUGCGAGAAACCGUUAUUGGAAAAAGCUGACGGCAGGAUUUACGGGCUAGGACAUUUGAAUAUCUACGCUCCUCUGGUAGGCACUAUUGCCGACUCUACCAUGAAUUUGCGAGAGUUGCAAAGAGAUUCCGGGGAUUCGAUUAACGCUGAAGCUGCUGAAGUCCUAUUUGAAGAUUAUACGAAAGUUGAUAUUCUGGAUGCGCAAGAUGAAGAUGACAGUUUCCUUUCCAGCAAUUAUGAAAUUUACCCACGACCAGAAUUUUGCUCUGGCGUAUUGUCAAUGGGCUCUAACUUUCGUCCAAAUCGUCAUGAUUUUGUUUUGAAUCUUGAUGAUGCGAUAAAAGCUAUGACCCGAGCAAAGUGUGCGUUUUCUCGUUCCUUUUCGGAUCUGCUCGAUUCGUUUGCGUUGAUUAUCGGUGAAGAUCCCCCGGUGCUUUACGCCGCUUUUUUGCUUUUGGAAAUUCGCCUUCUCGACAAUCAAAAGUUGACUGCUUUAAAGAAGGCUAUUGAGAUGGAGGACCCAAUCAGCAUUGGUAUUGUUGAUCAUCUAGGUGACAAUAAUUACGUCGAUUUUCACGCAAACGCAAAAUCAUUUAAUGAUGUGGAUAAAGCGGGAGAUUUUCAUUUUGAUAAACGUCUUGUAGCAACCGCGAAAAAAACGCAAAAUAAACAAAGCCAUUUACGACGAGUUAAAAAUGAAACUAUUUCAUUAAAAGUUCACAUUGAAGAGAACGGUGAAGUUGAGACAAACAGUAGCUUAUCGGGAGAAGACUCCGACGCCGACUUGCCAUCAUUGGCCUCAUCUGAUGGAGAUGAGAGAAAUAAAGACGCAAAUGAUGCUGAUGAAAAUCCGUUCCGCUUGAAGUCACACGUUGUUGGACAAUUUGAAAUAUUUAUGAGUGUACGAAAAUGUUAUCAAUGUUCUUACACUAAUGGGAACGUUGACACGGUGUGGCUCCUUGAAAGG